ACGGCCAUCUAACCUCUGAAUUACCGUUGAGUGGUGCCACCGUCGAAUCCUCCGGGUGUAUACGACGUGUAUGUAUAAAUUCGGAUGCUCGCGAGAGCGGAGUAAGAAUUGAACUCGCGAAGGCGAAACGUCAAGAUGGCAGAACUCGGGUCGUUCACGUUCCCGACGUUGUUUACGGUUUUAUUAUUGUUAUCAGCAGCGCUUGAUGGGACUUGCAACCCAGUAAACAUAUCCCUGCGAAGUGUCCCCGAGUCCCUCAUCCAUACGGCGAUUAAUUCGUUGAACAGAAAUUCGCCAACCCAGAACACGUAUAGGGGCGGAAACCUCAUUAGCGCGCAAAAAUUGUUGGAGCCAAGCUUCGUGAUCUACAGACUGACCCUGAACCUGCAAACAAUAUGCUCAGAGGGUUCGACAAGCUGUCCCAGAGAGGCGUGCACUAUAGACCUGAAAGACACAUCGGGACAGGUAGAAGUUGACCCAAAUACUAUACAAUGCUUGUACCUGUACCCUCAGUCCACUCAGGAGGAUAUCCACCAGUCGCAGCAACAGCAGAAUAGUCCCAGCACAGACAGCGACUUCGACAAGAGCACCUUGGACCUCGACCACGAGGUUCAAGCGGCAGCUGAGCUGCAAAAACCGGAUACCGAAUCAGCUGAGCCAUUCAUUGCGGUCAAAGCGGAAAACUCGAAUUACUGUGCAGGUUGCCCUUACGAACUGAACCCAAAUUUGCCAGGGCUGAACGCCUUUGUCACGCAAGCUCUGGACGCUAUGGACAGACUCCGACAGAUGGAACACACGCACAAAUUCAUAAGGAUGCUGAAAGUGACUCGGGCUGUUCCUCCGAGUUCUACAGUCGUCGAGUAUAAGCUUCUUGCUGAAAUCGGAGAGUCAAACUGUCUGAACGACGCAGUUACGGAACGCUCACUAUGCUCGCUGCGGAGUGACUCCCCUAGUAGACUGUGUCUGAUCACGUUCCAGGAGCGGCCCUGGAUACAGGGUGACAGGCAGAUUACUGGAAAUAAUUGCACCGCUCGUUCAGAUGACGAGAAUGAAGUAAACGCUGUUUCGGAUACGAUAAUUUCGAAUCCAGGAAACACGGAGGGCGUUCUGUCGGGAGAAAACAUAUUUGAAACUAAGGGACUGCAAGUUUUAAGGGACCCUAAUGAACUCCACGAACUUCAGAAAGAAGAUUCAGCACAAGUAUUAAAUCAGGAAAGACCGGCGGUAACCGAGGCUCCCAUAGUGAGGGUGGAACUUGAGCGACCAGAUAAUGGACAAAAGGUACAAGGAUUCGUUGAUAAGCAGAAAGAGUUUGAGGAGUUUUUGGAGGGCUUUGAUAUACCAUUGAGAACAGAGACUGCGGUAGUGGACGAUCAUGAGGACGGGAGGCAACCGGUAACCGAGGAGAUAAUCAGACCGGAGAAAGUGGACAGAUUGAUGGUGAAUUCUUCUUCGGACUUAGAAUCAAACUCCAAUGAAAGUGUAGAAGAUGCGCUACCUGAUUUAUGGCAAGAAAGAGCUAACAUCAACCGGAAUAAGCGAAAUGUUGGAAGUGCCACUUCCAUCAGCACCAACGACGAGAAUGUUAAAAACUUCACAGCCAUGGGAUUUCAGAAAUUUUUGGAAACAUAUCAGGGACAGAACGAGCCACUUUUACUGAAUGUGACAUUAGCAACUAAACAGAUUGUGCAAGGCUCUCUUUACAAGAUGACGGUAAAAAUUGGAGUCAGCGACUGCCCGAGGGGAACGAAAAACAAUUGCCAACUGCAAGCUGGCAGCAAGCCCCAGACGUGUGAAAUUAGUGCCUGGUCAAGGCCGUGGCUUUCCACGGAUAAAUUGAAGAUAACUGUAACAUGCCAGCCGAAUACCAACCUGAGAAAGAAACGUUCCGCAGUGAUGGGAGCAGUACAACCGAUAAGCAUCGAUGACCCGGAGGUGAAAAACUACGCGAAUCUGGGUGUUAGUAAAUUUUCGGAAAACUUGGGGGGACAGAACGAGCACAUGUUGAUUGAAAUCAUAUCCGCGACCAGUCAGGUUGUCCAAGGGAGUCAGUACAUAAUAAACGUGAGACUCGGAGAGAGUGACUGUCCCAAGGGAACAAAGAACAACUGCCAACUGAAAGCUGGCAGCCAUCCACAAGAGUGCGAAGUGAAGGUCUGGUCGAGGCCGUGGCUGAAGUCAGGGGCGCUCGAUGUGCAGGUGAACUGCAAGGCGAACGAACGAGCAAAGAGGAGCUUGAGAGGCAAGGACUAUAGCAAGAAGAUGCUGGAGCAGUCCACGUAUCUGAGAAACGAGAGGCUGUUCAACGACUUUGUUGACAAGUACAACAAAAGCUAUGAAAGUUUGUCCGACAGGAAAUAUCGAUUCAAAGUUUUCCAGCUAAAUAUGAUGACUGUUCAAGAGCUGCAGCGCAACGAACAGGGAACUGCGAUUUACGGCGCUUCAAUGUUUGCUGAUCUGACGACACAAGAGUUUAAACGGUAUUUGGGACUGAAGCCGGAGCUUAGGGUGGAAAACGAGAUCCCGAUACCGAUGGCUGAGAUUCCUAACGUCAUGCUUCCCGAGUCUUUCGACUGGCGUGACCACAACGUGGUAACGCCAGUAAAGAACCAGGGAAGCUGCGGUUCAUGCUGGGCGUUUUCGGUCACCGGAAACAUCGAAGGACAGUACGCCUUGCGCCACGGAAACCUGCUCUCGUUUUCCGAGCAGGAACUGGUCGACUGCGACACGCUUGAUGAAGGCUGCGGAGGCGGUUUACCCGAUAACGCGUACAGGGCGAUAGAAAAAAUCGGAGGACUUGAGCUGGAAUCGGACUAUCCCUAUGACGGGGCUAACGAAGUUUGUCACUUCAAUACUAGCGAGGUCAGAGCGAAGGUUGUUUCUGCGGUAAAUAUCACCAGUAACGAGACCCAAAUGGCUCAGUGGCUGGUGAAAAAUGGCCCCAUUUCAAUCGGCAUUAAUGCCAAUGCAAUGCAGUUCUACAUGGGCGGUAUUUCCCAUCCCUACAAAUUCCUUUGCAGCCCGACAAACCUUGAUCAUGGAGUACUGAUCGUCGGUUACGGAAUUCACACAUAUCCCAUCUUUCAUAAAACACUGCCUUAUUGGACGAUAAAGAACAGCUGGGGUCCUCAAUGGGGCGAAAAAGGAUAUUACAGGGUGUACAGAGGCGACGGAACGUGCGGAGUCAAUCAAAUGGCAUCUAGUGCAGUGGUCGCUUAAAGAUUGCAACUUGGAAUUGUUAAUUAGCCUAAUAACUUUGUUAAAAACUCCCAACGCGCUAUACAUUUUUUUAUUACUACAUUAAAAAAAUAUUAAAUUUCUUUGAUUGAAAAAGAGAGAAAAAAAAGGUACACCUUGAAUUUUUCAAACAAAGUUUGACGUUUUAUACUUUGAUAUACGUUAUUAUAAUAAUUACGCCCAUUGGAAGCUAGAAAAAUCGGUGAAGUUUCGAAUAAGAAGUUCAUUCGCAUUUACAAAACUGGGUUCAAAACCUUAUUGUUUAAUAAUAAAACAACGGGCGAAUAGAUUUGCUAAACUAGGCGUUGUAACAAUAAUGUUUUCCUUACUUUUUAUUUUUGCGCCCUUUGUGUAGAUCUUUACAGCUAUUAAUCUCUCGAGUUAGAAAAAAAAAAAACAUAAAAAACAAAA